CUUAUACCUUCCUUAACCCGAAGCCUCCCGGAGUGGGAGGAGGCGGGUCUAUGCAAGCUGUGGGGGUGGAGGCUUCCGGGCAGGUUUGGCACUGACGUGGGAGACCCUCUGAGUCCCGCUGCCUUGACGGGAAGAGAGAACGGGCAGGUGGGCGCGGAGCUCGAGGCAGAGGCUUCCGGGGAGGCAGUGAAAUCAGAACCUUCAUAAAGCCAUUAAUAAUUAGAACAAUGUUUGCAGAUUUGGACUAUGACAUUGAGGAAGACAAGCUGGGGAUUCCUACGGUACCUGGAACAGUGACCUUGAAGAAAGACUCUCAGAAUCUGAUUGGGAUCAGUAUAGGUGGAGGAGCCCAGUAUUGUCCUUGCCUGUAUAUUGUCCAGGUAUUUGAUAAUACUCCUGCAGCUCUUGAUGGAACGUUGGCAGCUGGUGAUGAAAUCACAGGUGUGAAUGGGAAGUCAGUCAAAGGAAAAACCAAAGUAGAAGUAGCGAAAAUGAUACAGGUGGUGAAGGGAGAGGUGACAAUUCAUUACAACAAACUCCAGGCUGAUCCAAAGCAGGGAAAAACCUUAGACAUUGUGCUAAAGAAAGUGAAGCACCGUCUGGUAGAGAACAUGAGCUCAGGGACAGCAGAUGCCCUAGGGCUGAGCCGAGCUAUCCUCUGCAAUGAUGGAUUGGUAAAGCGAUUAGAAGAGCUGGAGAGGACCGCAGAACUAUAUAAAGGGAUGACAGAACAUACCAAGUGUCUUCUCAGAGCCUUCUUCGAACUGUCUCAGACUCACAGAGCAUUUGGUGAUGUUUUUUCGGUUAUUGGUGUACGAGAACCUCAGCCAGCAGCCAGUGAAGCAUUUGUGAAGUUUGCUGAUGCUCAUCGCAGUAUUGAGAAAUUUGGAAUCCAUCUUUUAAAAACUAUUAAACCAAUGUUGACUGACUUGAACACCUACCUGAACAAAGCAAUUCCUGAUACCAGACUAACUAUCAAGAAGUAUUUGGAUGUCAAGUUUGAGUAUUUGUCUUAUUGUCUCAAGGUGAAAGAGAUGGAUGAUGAAGAAUACAGCUGUAUUGCCAUGGGUGAACCUCUUUACCGGGUCGGAACUGGAAACUAUGAAUAUCGUUUAAUUCUGCGCUGCCGCCAGGAGGCACGUUCACGUUUUGCCAAAAUGAGGAAGGAUGUGCUAGAAAAGAUGGAGCUGCUAGAUCAGAAACAUGUACAAGACAUUGUAUUCCAGCUCCAGCGUUUUGUGUCCACACUUUCCAAGUACUAUGAUGAUUGUUAUGCUGUGCUGAGGGAUGCAGAUGUUUUCCCAAUUGAAGUGGACCUAGCACGCACUACACUGAGUUACGGCCAAAAGGAUGUCUUCACAGAUGGGGCAGAGGAUGAGGAGGAAGAGGAAGGUGGUGGAAGUAGAGAAUGCAAUAAAAAAGAGGAAGAAAAUGGAGAGAAACUCAUUGAUGAUGCUUGAACAUCUGAACUUAGCAAGAUGCAAAAUCCCUGCAGAGACUGAUAAAUUCUAUUUCUCUAGACAGCUUGUCCACAGUGACUCUUCUGUUUGUAGAAACCCAGCUAGGGAACCAAGAUUCUGUACUGAAUAGGGGCAUUUGGGUAAUGAUGUAUGCAAAAUCAUGCAAAAAAUUUCCCUCUUUGUCCCUCUGAAUGUGCUUUUCUCAAAAUCUCACUGACCUCAUCAAGAGCUAGUGGGAUUGAAAUGACUACCUGAAACCAUCACCCCAACAUGGUUUCCUGUGCAGAUGGGCUAUGAUUAAAUGUACAUCUCUUUCUCUUCCUCUCUCUCUCCCCCUCAGUAGCCUAGUAUCCUCAUAUAAAAAUGGCUGAACAUUUCGAUUUCUUAGGGUUUUCUAUUUCUAUCACUGUUCUGUCAUUUUUAAUCUUGAAUGAUAUUGCUGCUAGCAGGUGACUCUAACAUUAAGAGUGUUGACUUCUCUGCAUUGCCAUGGCCCUUAUUAAACAAAAUGAGAAGCAGGGGUGAAAUCAGAAAGGUCAGCCUUAGAAUGAUAAUUUAGAAUAUUGGCCAAGAUAAUCUGUCUGAAUGACAAAGCUAUCCUUAGUAGCAUCAGGUCCGGAUGAAGACCAAUGGGUUCUGGAAAUGUAAGCAAGGACAUUUUAACCAUAGCAUCAAGUUCCAUACGGAAAUAUCAGUCUCUUUGUAUUCUCAGCCCCAUUGGUCUUCAUAUGCAAUGAGUCAUGAUUGGCUGUAACCAAAUACAGUCUUUGAGGACCACUCAACCAGUCUUAUAUGCUCUCUUGCAUAGGUGCUGUGUUGCAUGAACUUUUCUAAACUAGCGUUAUCCAGUAAUUAACAAAUUGUGAAAUUUAAGACCUUGUACCAGGAAGGAACAAAUGGUAACUUAAAAGGGAGGCAUAAGAUGGUUGAGGUUAACAAUAAAGACAACCAUUUUAAGCAUUAAGUUCUUAAUUCAUACAAUGCACUUUCAUUAUACCUACACAUUUUUUUUCCUUUUUGAACGCUGCUUUUGUGGACAGAGACUAUUAUGAGCAUCCGCCUGGUGCCCCUACUCCCUCUCAUUACAGUCAUCAAUUCAGCAGCCUUAGAAAUGUGAAUGAUAAAUAAACUGUCAAAGGAAGUGGGGGGAAUCACUAAUAUUCUCUCUCUCUCAUAUUUUAUCGAAUACGUACAAUAUUCAGACAUGAUCUAAAAACACUCAAAAUUACAAAAAUAAGCCAGAAAUAAAAACAAAAAGAAGAAAAUUGUCUAAAAUAACCUUUAUGCCAAUGGGGGCAACCUACAGAAAUAACAUUAAUAUAACAUAUUACAUGAUGGCUAAUAAACAGUGCAAAUUUGACACUGCCGCUAAUAUUCUGUGAAGAAAUCUCACCAUCCUAUUUCUCAGUCUCCACAGGCUGCUGCCUUCCAGUUGCAGGUCCCAUCACCCAUAACUAGAAUAACACAAAGUUGAAGAAAGCUGCUCAAAAUCUUGUUGAGGUUUUAAAUAAAAUAGUCUGAUGAUAAAGUAUUGCCUUUGAGGGGAAAAAGGGGUUUUGUUCCUCCUUAAAUUGGUGUAGUUUGUGCCAACUGGCAAGAAGAAAAACUACAUGAGAGCAUUAUGACAAACAUGUUUCCCUUUGGUUUUUGCUUCCUGUUGUCUCUUUCUCUGUGUAUGACCAGAAGAAAGCCAAGCUGGAGUCAGGGUGAUCUCAGUGGGAUCUUACAUGUCAGAUGGAAUGACUAAUAAAAAUGUGAACUUUCUGCUUUUU